GCAAGCGACAUGGAAGAAAGAAGUACACCUGAACUAACGGAAACUGAUUGCAUACCAGCUAGUAUCAUUCUAUCCCUCAAGAAACCACACAAACGUACCAUCGAGAAUGAUCUUGGUCCUGGAAAUUUAGGCAAAUGUGCGACGUUAAAGAAGCUGGACAAUGUAUGGAAUUUCCCAUCUCGUCGAUGCAAAUUCAAGCAUUUAAUUGACAGCACUAUCUGUUCAUGUGGAGCAGGCAAGGAUAUUUCAUUCCUUUAUGACAAGGAGGCUGUAACUGAUGGUGAUGCUCUGGCUGUCGUGCAAGAUGAUGGUAGCCGUGUGAUACCAGAUACACUGAUUCCGAGUGAAUACCAUAUUGUUAAGUCUAGAGGAGUGUUGCCUUUGGAAUUAAGGGAUUGCAAAUAUACAACCAAGAGUGAGGAACAUAGUUUACACCAGGUGGUUUUCCCAUCCAUGCGACCUACAGGUAGACAUGAAGUGAUCAUGCUGAAGAGGACGAUGAUGCAAAUGUUGGAACAUGCAGGAAUAAAGCAGAGUGAGCAGGAUCAAGAAAUUGAGGGACCAUCCCAGAUUCACUGUCUCAUCAACAUUUUGAAGAAGGAGCAGGAUAUUUACAACGUUAUAUUUCAUGAAAUUAUAAGGCAGGUCAGUGUAGAAUGCAUCGAGAGAGGAGAACUUUUAGCAGAUAUACGUAAGAGUUACAGCCAGCUUAUGGACAGGGUCCCCAGACGUGUAAUGAGUCUACAUGAGGAGCUACUGGCACAGAGAGCCCUGGAUAGACGUCUCAGCGAACAACUAGCGAAAUUUAAGAACACAAUAUUCCUUCUCACAAAUGAACUAGCAAAUGUCAAGGAACAUGACCGGCAGGCUACUCGGGAAGGUGAAAAGACACAACAUGAGUUAAAAUCAGCAUUGGCAGAUGCUCUGAAAAAUUCCAGCUUGCUGGAUGAGUACCAUGAGCUCUAUGAGAUGCAGAGAAGACGAUUGCAAUUCCAAGUUGAUACACUCACAGAGGAGAGAAACCUCUGGUCAUCAGCCGCUCACUGGCUUAGUCUGAAGGUGGCGGAUGAGCACAGGCUGAACACAGUGAAACGACUGCACGUCGCACAGCUCUCCUGGGCGAAACUCGCGAAACACUUCGUCAUCUUGCUCACUGAAAAGGACACUGAACACCUAGGAAAGAUGCAGGAGCACAUGGGUGUGUGGAAGGAGCUAAUUCAGAAAUGCAGCAGCCAGAUAGCUCAGCAGGAGAUUUGCUUCAAGAUGGGCAUGGUCACUAUUGAGAAUGUUCUCACAGAUUUAAUUGCCACCUUCAAAGAGAAACAGUAUACAAAGGACGGACACUUGGUGGUGCCACAGCAUGAGGCAGUGGAACACAUGUGUGAGAGGUUGAACAGAUGUGAGGUUGAGCUUCACGGAGUCACUGAACAGUUCUCAGGCGAUGCCAUGCUGGCAUGCUUUGAGCUGCUGGCCAGUAUUAGAGAGCAGGUUGAUUGUUGGACUACCUAUGCACUGAAGGUGUUUGACCGGCAUCAAUCUGAGAGUGGAAGUGGUUACCCUUAUGCCAAUCGCAUGGUAGCUGUAAAUGAAUCUGUGGAACUACUACUAAGACAAUACAAGGUGCAAGUCUCUGGAGAAAAUGGGGUGGCGCCAUCUACAAUUAACUUGCUGAAUUCAAUGGAAACCUGGGUUAACAGACUAAUGGCCAUUGCAAACGGGGCUAACACACUGUCGGAGUCAGAGUGGUUGAGGUUUUUUGGGCUGAUGUCUGAGUGGCUAGCCACCUGUAUAGACCUACAACAAACACCAAAAAAUGUACAAGUAAAUGCUAAUGAAGACCAGAAGAAUGGAGAGGAGCAAGUGGAGCUGGAGUUAAAGAGUGUAAUAGAAGAAACACGAAAAUGGUUGACUUCCUCAACAAACGCCAUUGACAGCGAUGAUGGCAGGCUUCUAGAUGAUGUGUCUAUACUUCACACGGACAUGGUACGCUGGCUAGUUCAGCUGCUUCUGAGGCUGGCACCUAAUAAGGAGGGAACGUCUGCCGAGGCAUGCGAGAUGGCCAUGUUGGCUACCACCAGCACUGAACAACUAAACAGCAGUGUCAUGCAUCUCUACAAUAAACUCGAGGAGUUCUGUAGCUGUGUCACUAGGUGCUGCACUAGUAUGGUAAUGGAGAUGAUUAAAGAAUACAAGAAUGGUCUCACCGAUUAUGAUGCAGAAUCUGACCUGAAAGAUCUCACGAGAUUAAAGACAGAGACCGAAAAUUGGAUCCACACUGCUGGGCUUCUGCUCACGGAACUUACUGGCAUCACGGAUCAUGACGAGCCGCCAGCGAAUUUAGCACAACCUCAAGAACCACACGAGUCAAUAGUACAAUAUCAAGACACAAGCGCAAUGAGUGAGCCUGAUUUCCAUGAAGAGAAAGAAGAAAAAAAUGCUUCCGAAAUUCGAGUACCAGACUCACAACAACAAUUACUGAACAAGAACACAUCCAAGGAGCAGGAGGAACGGCUAAUUAUACAGGAUAAUAUGACCAGCGAGCAACAAAUACUCGAACAACAUUUGAGCGGAUUAGAUGUUAGUGAGAACAUGGGUGUGAGCCAAGAAACCAGCAUAGAGUAUCUGAAUAGGGAUGACAACACUUACCCUCAGAAACUUAGCAAUAACCCAGAGAACAUUGAUGAGUAUGAGCCACUGCUCGCUCUAAACACCUUACAGCAGCAGCUUGCGCGUGCAGAGGAGAGAGCACAGGUGGCAGAAUCAACAGUCACUAGGUUGCAGGAACAGCUAAACAAUGCAAUGCAACAACUGCACAUGCAGCAACGGGAAAGUCCUGCUACCAAAAAUGACACCAAACCAGCCAAGCAAGAUGAAGUAGUCACGUCAAGUUGUAAUAAUCAUGAGUUGCCUGCUGAGCGACAGGAAUCUCCUACUACCAAGGAAGCUACUACUGUAAGUAGAUCUGCUGUGACAAGUCCAGGAAAGGGGAGAGCGAGUCAUAAGCCAUCCAGCCCUAAGACAAGAUUAGGGUCUUCAAAAAGGAGAGCCAAGAAGGAUUGAAGUAAUAGAAACUGUAUUUCAACAUGCAUUUCUUUCGUAUCAAAUGUUCUACAUUUACAGGCACUUGCUAAAAUAUGUCCUAUAUGUAUGUUAUCAGUUUUACAUAAUAGAUCAAGAUCAUCUAGUUGAAAUUGCAAAUUUAGAAAUAGAUGUAUAUAUGGUAGAUAUUAAAUGAUUUUAUGAGAUAGAACAGGAGUUGGUUGAUAAACCUUAUCAAUUGUAUAUGGGCUGUG